GAAGGCUCCUCUGAGCGCAUGGAAAGCAGCGGGAGGAUCCCUUUAGAAAGCGCCGCUGUUCCAUGCUGCGAGCUCCAGCCCUGAGCUGGUUGAGCAUCUCUUCCUGCGUGAAGGCAGAGUAACCCUCGAUCUCCCGGUGCCAGAUCAGGCAAGCAUGGCCACCCAAAUGUUCGAGGGCAAAGGGCAUGCGUCCGUCUACCAGAAAUACAGGUUUGCACCUGGCAAAGAGCUGCGGCAGACCAUCCUCUCCUACCUGCAGGAAAAGAAGGCAAUCCCUGCGGAGCUGGCGGUGGAUGUUGGCUGUGGGUCUGGCCAAGGCACCCAUUUCCUUGGGGAGCACUUCAAGAAGGUGGUGGGGACGGACAUAAGCGAAGCGCAGAUCCAGGAGGCCAAGGACACCCCCUGCAUGCCCAACAUCUCCUACCUCGUGUGCCCUGCAGAGGAGCUGCCGUUCCAGGACGCCUCCGUGGACGUCCUGACGUCGUUCACGGCCGCGCACUGGUUUGACAUCGAGAAGUUUGUGAGGGAGGCUGAGCGGGUGCUGAAACCCGGCGGCUGCGUGGCCAUCAGCACCUACUCUGCAGACAUGAGCCUGCGCUACGGAGACUGCUCCGAAAAACUCACCAAAGUCUUCAGGGAGUGCUGGGACAAGAUUUUAAAAUACUCACAUAAUAGAAUAAAGUAUGUGUUGGAGGACUACAAAACGAUCUUUGAGGCCUUGCCAUUCCCAGACAAGAAGAGAGUCACUGAUAUCUAUGACCAAAUUCCCAUGACUGUUGAAGGUGUGGUUGGUUACAUGGAGUCUGCCUCUCCAUAUCAAACCUUCAAGAAGGAUGACCCCAAAGGUGCAGCAUCCCUCCUCCAAGAGACUGAAAAGAGGAUGCUGGAGACAAUGGGAGUUUCCUCUCGUGAGACCCCGGUGGAGUUCUGGGUGAGGCACGUCUGUGUGCUGGGGUGCAAGGGACGCUGAGAGAGCAAACCCUUCUCCUGAUCUGGUUUUACAGUGGAUGGAGAAGGUGGGUUGUCUCCUAAAACCCUGCUUGUAACCGCUCUUGCUCCUUGGGAAUAUUGGUGCUGAUUUUGCUGAUUGGAAUUUUGGUCUCCUAUGGAAAGCAGAUGGGGUUUUAUGCCCUUCAGCUUCCUGUCCACCUUGGUCCUGAAGUCUGCCCAGUGCUGCUCACUCGGCACUGGAAGUGUUCCAUUGUGGACUGCUGGUUUAUUGUGGGGAAGAGAAACACAGGAACAGCUGAGAAACUCACUGCCUUUCUUGCACAAUAAAUAAUAAUUAAAAAUCAAGCUGAGAAAA